CAUUUUGGGAUUAUUUAUACAUUCAUAAAUCCAUUCCCUAAAAAAUAAAAUUUCGUUUAACAGGAAAAAAAAAGAACCGCCUUUUUCCUCUCUUUUCAUUUUUCCUAUUCGCGUUUCUUUCUUGUUUUGGGGUUAGGGUUUUGAAUUUUUAUUCAUGGAUUACUAAACUAAUCCAAAUGUUGACCACUAAAUUCUAUUCGUCUGUUCGUAAAUUCAUUGUUCUUACUAUUAAUUUUCAAUUAGGUCCUUGUUCUAGGUUAAGCAUCAUGGCUUGAUUCUGCUCUGGAGUGGCAGGUCUGGAAUGGAUAUGUAUUAUACUAGUUCUGGACAUGCAAAUUUUACUAACAACUAUAUGACUCAAGGUUCCGAAAACCCUUAUUUGACGAGUCCGGUGCUUGAACAAAUUGAAGCUAUGUAUAACGAAGGCGCCCCUGAGUAUUUUGUUGAUCAGGGCAUACAUUACCCUACUGCCAAUAAUUAUGGAUACUAUUGUACAGGAUUUGAAUCACCUAGCGAAUGGGAGGACCAACGUAGGAUUUUUGGUGCAGAUGGUCCUGAAUUCCAAUAUGCGGGUGCACAAACUGAAAAUUUGCCUUUUGUAUAUUAUACUCCUAGCUAUGGAUAUGCAGAGUCACCCUAUAACCCAUACAACCCUUAUAUUCCUGGUGCCAUGUUAGGCAUUGAUGGUUCAUAUAUAGGAGCACAACAGUAUUACCCCGUCACACCUUAUCAGGACCCUGUGUCUUUACCAGGCUAUGUCCCUGUUGUUGUUCAACCAGAUUUCAUCCCAAGCUAUUAUACAGACCCCUUGCUAGAUUCUAGUGCAGCAUACAAUAGUAGACCCAGUGCAAGAGGUUUAAAACACAAUCAUGGUUCAUCUUCUGCAGCUUUUCCCAAGAACCAAACUAAAUCUGUUUUAAAUCAGACUAAUUCAUUGUCCAAGAUGUCAGAAGGCCCAAAAUUUAAUGGUGGAACUAGCAAGCAAUCUUUAACACAUGGAAGUGUUUCUUCUGGUAGUUUUCCAACUACAGCCUCAUCACGUAUGCUUGAGGGCAGAGGCGCUUCUGUUUCAAUUCCAGUGGAUAAAUUUUCGAAUGAGAAAGUUCUCUCUUAUUCUAGCCAAUUAAAAGUUCCAGUCCCUGCCAAUAAUGGCUUUUCUGAAUUUGGAUCAAGUGCUCUUGGAGACACUAGUGUGGAUAAGCUGCAGUCUAAGAUUCAUGUCGGCGGAACUUUCCAUGAUGUGAAUGGUCGAUCGGAUGCUUUGGGCGACCAGAAUCGUGGACCUAGAAUAAAUAAACCAAAGAAUCAACUGGUUGUUAAAGCCUUCACAGACAAAGUGGGAGAUCCUAAUGCACAAGGAAACAUGAUUAUAUACACUGAUCAGUUUAACAAAGAUGAUUUCCCGCUUGAUUAUAUUGAUGCAAAAUAUUCUGUAAUUAAGUCAUAUAGCGAAGAUGAUAUCCACAAGAGCAUCAAGUAUAACGUUUGGUCAUCUACACCCCAUGGAAAUAAGAAGCUGCAGAGUGCCUAUGAGGAUGCACAAAAAAUAGUUGCCCGAGAACAUCGGCCCUGUCCUAUCUUUCUGUUCUUUUCUGUCAAUGCAAGUGGUCAAUUCUGUGGUGUUGCAGAGAUGAUUGGGCCGGUUGACUUUCUAAAGGACAUGGAUUUUUGGCAGCAAGAUAAAUGGAGUGGUAGCUUCCCAGUCAAGUGGCAUUUUAUUAAAGAUGUUUCAAAUUCAAGCUUUAGACACAUUAUCUUGGAGAAUAAUGAGAAUAAGCCAGUUACUAAUAGCAGAGACACUCAAGAGAUUUUAUUCAAGCAAGGUCUCGAGAUGUUGAAGAUAUUUAAAGAUCACUCAUCGAAGACAUCAAUACUUGAUGACUUUUUGUAUUACGAGAAUCGUCAGAGAAUUAUGCAGGAAGAGAAAGGGAGACUUGUAUUUAGAAAUUUUGAGAGUCCGUACUUAGUACCUGUUCCUGCCCGCAAACUUGAUCCUCUUGUCGAGCUACCUCCAAGUAUAGGAGAGAAGACCAAGAAGCAGAUCGUUUACAGCAUCAUGAAGAAAACUGAUCCAUCUUCCACAGAGAAGGCUUUUUCAAAUACUGGUGUUGCGAAUGUAAUUACUGGGUGUGGGACUUCUGAUAAAAUAAUAACCAACUCGGGAGAUGAUAUUUCAUCUGGUUUGAAGAUCGGUUCUCUCAGUAUUAAUACAAAGCAGGCUGAACCCAAGCCCUCCUUUUCUGGUACUACGGUUGCUAGUACUGGUCCAGCUGGUAUUGUUACAGUAGGAUCAGUGCCUAUUAAAGUUAAUGGAGCUGAAUCUUCUGGUUUUUUAAGAGUUGGCAGUAUCCCGCUUGAUCCGAAGGUACUACAGUGUGAAAAAGGUGGUUCUCUUACUAAACGUCCGUCUUAACUUUUGAAUAAAGCUGCGGAAGGUUUAUCUUUUUUUGGGAUGUGAUUGUGUCUGAGCAUGUUCUUCAUGUAUUUUUUGCAUGUUUGCAGAGUCGAGCUCAAUUUAUAGGCUAUAGGAGUUGAUUGUUAUCAUCAGUUUCUUUUCCUAUAUUCCUUUUUUCAGCUUUACCUGAUGCUAUUCUUUUCAAUUUACUUAUAUUUUAUCAUGCAUUUGAUUCUGGCGGGUCUCUGUUUUUGCUACAGAAAAGUAUGAAAUACAAUGUAAUUUCUUCUCCUUCAAUAUUAAAGAUAAAAAAAAUGAUAGUCUUCUUUUUGCUUCA